CCUUCAUUUCUCCACGCGCGCCACUCUUCUGCCCAGUGUGUGCUGGGAACUCACAGGGACAGGUUGUUGACGGUCUGUAAUGAGGAAGAGACGCGUGAUUAAAUUACAAAUAUUACGAGCUCCAUAAGACAUUAUGUGGGACUGAGCAUAUGUGCCGAACGGCAGCAAGCAGUAUGGUUGGAGACAUCGAGCCUUCUGGAAAACAUCCAAAGAUCUAACACAGACUCCUGUGUUAUUUGGUUAGACACUAACAAACUUCAUUCUUUCCUAUUAUACCGGAGUCUUAAUUAUGAUUCUCUUCAGAACUUGGUCAACUGUAAGACUGGUCGCCGUUUUAAUGAGUUUGGGGAUUCACCAGAGCAACUGGAAGGCAGUGGAAACGAUUCAUCCAGAAUGUGCUGUGGUGGCUGAGCAUAUGAAGGCUCGAAAGCAAUGCAUUCAGACUCAAAGACAAGAGGCCCGCAACAGCAACAAUAUCACUGGAUGCCGUACCGAGUGGGAUAAUUUUUGGUGCUGGUACAGGGCAGAGGUUGGACAGGUUGUCAACGUCUCCUGUUACGAAGUGUCUCAGUUCUUCGCGAUUAAUCAUGGUUUCAUAAUUAGGAAUUGCACCAAGAGUGGCUGGACAAAAAUCUACCCAUCCUAUGAGAAUGCUUGUGAGAUUGUGAAGGACGUGGAAUCAGAAACUGAGACAUCAUAUUAUUCCACUUUCAGGCAGGUGUACACUGCAGGUUACGCUACCUCUCUGAUUUCCCUCAUCUCUGCCAUCUUUGUGUUUACAGCCUUCAGGAAGUUCCACUGCACAAGAAAUUACAUUCACAUCAAUCUCUUUGCCUCCUUCAUCUUGCGAGCCAGUGCGAUCUUCAUCAAAGAUGCAGUUCUCUUUGCCGAUGAGAAUACGGACCACUGCUUCAUGUCAACAAACUCUUGCAAGGCGGCAGUAGCUUUCUUCCAGUUCAGUAUCCUGGCUAACUACUUCUGGCUGUUGGUGGAGGGGAUGUAUCUACAGACUCUUCUAGCUCUAACUUUUGUCUCACAAAAGAAGUAUUUCUGGUGGUACAUACUUAUUGGCUGGGGUCUACCAACACUUAUACUGACCAUCUGGGUUCUAGCCAGGAAUUUUUUGGAUAACAAGGGGUGCUGGGAUGACACAGAUGUUGCUUACUUUUGGUGGAUUAUCAAAGGACCAAUCACAGUGUCUCUCCUGAUCAAUUUCUUCAUCUUCAUAAAUGUGAUCCGGAUUCUUGUGCAGAAGCUGAAGUCUCCAGGAAUGGGUGACAGUGAUACCAACCACUUCAUGAGACUGGCCAAGUCUACCCUUUUCCUGAUCCCUCUGUUUGGCAUGCACUACAUGGUUUUUGCCUUCCUGCCAGAGAACACGGGAGAAAACGCUCGCCACUUUCUUGAACUUGGCCUGGGCCCCUUUCAGGGUUUUGUUGUGGCUCUGUUAUACUGUUUUCUCAAUGGAGAGGUACAAGCAGAACUGAAGAAAAGACUGUGGAAGUGGCAAACACAAAAUUAUCUGAGAUACAGUAAGAGAAGACGAACCCUCUUUACUGAGAGCAGCACAGUCACACAAAUAUCAGUUUUGGAGAAGUACAGCCCUAAGGAGCUGCCCUUAACUGAUUCCCACAACAGUGUGUCAUCCAUUUGAAAUCUUUACAAUUCAUCUCAUUUCCUGUUUCUCUUCCCCUCUUUCUCUUUUUUGAAACCUCUUAACUGGUCCUUCAGUGAGAUUCACUGUCCUCUUUAACCCUGAUUGACUCACCUGCCUGUAAUUUGUCAGUAAUCCUGAAGAUCUUGAUUGUCUGGUUUAGGUGCGUUUCUUUAAGGUUGGAGUUAAAGGACACAAAGGCCAGUUUUGAAGAACCCUGCUCUAAAAGAUUAAAUUCAUCGAAGAUUUUCAAGUUCAUGCAAAUUCAUGCAUUGUGAUAAAGUUAUAAAAUGCUUGCUAGAACAAUUCAAAGAUAUUCUUUUUUUCUACACAUUACUGAAACAAGCUUUCAACUUGAUGCUGAUAAGAAAUUACUCUCUAUUUAUUCAUAAUGCAGAAGCACAAAUCAUAUUUUAUUUAAAUUAGAUGCACUGAUUAUUUAGAGACCAAACUAAAGGGACAGUUUACCCCUUUAACCCAUUAAAAAAAAAAAAAAAAACAGCUUGCCUUCUUAA